CAGGCUUUGUUUUUUCAGUUUGUAUUUAGAAAUCUUGAAAAUAUAAAAAUUCUUCUACAAAUUCUGGCUUUGAGUUCUACGGGAAGAAAAUCCCCCAGCAAACAUGGCUUUGCCCCAAAUCAAUUCUGCCGCCGACCAGGCCAAAUUACAGCUAAUGCAAGAGAUGGAGGUGAAGACGAUGUCCGAUCUAUACAAUCGCAUGGCAAAUGCCUGCCACAAGAAGUGUAUUCCCUCCCGCUAUCCUGAGCCAGACUUGGGCAAGGGCGAGAUCGUCUGCAUUGAUCACUGCGUGGCCAAGUUCUUGGACAUUCACGAGCGCAUUGGCAAGAACCUCCUGACCGUCUACAUGCCGCAGGAGGUGAAGAAGGAAGCCAUUUAACUCCAGACCCACCAAGAGAUUCUGUACAAAACCCAAGACUUGGAAUAAAUCCGAAAUUUAAUACAAAUUCCCUCAGGAGGUGGUAAUAAAACGCGAUAUCUCUG